GGCCGUUAUUCUAAUGAGGUGCUCAGUGUCAUGGCGGCGGGCUGUGGACGGUUCAGUUCAGGCAGGGCACGGGGCUAGGCCGUCUGCAGAGCCGGGCAACUGACCACCUGAGGGAGCGGGCAUUGCCGGAGGGUCAGUGCUGAGGGAGCGGGCACUGCCGGAGGGUCAGUGCUGAGGGAGCGGGCACUGUCGGAGGUUUAUGUGAGAAAGAUGGCUGAGAGACCGGAAGACUUGAAUCUACCAAAUGCAGUCAUUACUAGGAUUAUUAAAGAGGCGCUUCCAGAUGGAGUGAACGUCUCAAAGGAAGCCCGCAGUGCAAUAUCCCGAGCGGCAAGUGUCUUUGUUCUUUAUGCAACUUCAUGUGCGAAUAACUUUGCAAUGAAGAGCAAGAGGAAAACACUGAGUGCCUCUGAUGUGCUUGCGGCAAUGGAAGAGAUGGAGUUUGAUCGCUUUAUAACCCCACUGAAAGAUGCAUUGGAAGUUUACAAGCGAGAGCAGAAAGGGAAAAAAGAAGCUUCAGAACAGAAGAAGAAAGAUAAAAAGUCAGAGAAUGAAGAACAAGACAAGAGUAAGGAAGAGGAGAAUGAGGAAGACAGUGAAGAGGUGAAAAUGGUAGAUGAUGAUCAAAAGGAGAUGGAAAACGAAGAUGAUGAUGUAGAAAACUGACAGCUGUGAAUGCUACCCAUGUGACUAAGGGAGAAUGAGCACAAAGCUGUUUGCAGAUUGACCUCCUAUUGCAAAGAUUACCCCUAUACUUCCACAGCCCUGUUUUAGGGCAUUAUUACAUUGGGAGAACAGGAAGACAGUGCUGGAGCUGUAUGCUGCUGGCUGUUUUUGUAUAGUUUGCACAACAAACUUUAUUUUGCUAACCUGAGUAAUGUUUUUGUAAAAUUCAAAUUUUGAAUAAUUUAUUCAAAAAACCCACUCUUGCAUUGCGCAUUUCUGAUGUUCUCCAGCACUAAACUAGUUUAGUGGUGGAAGUAGACUACCUUUUAUCAGGGAGGUUAAAAAAAGUGUUUGACUCAACCCAACCUUAGAAAGUUGGCUAUCAUUAGAUAGCUGGGAAAAGGUAAUGGUCAGGUUAGAGAUUUCAGUGUUUGCACUCAAUGGGUAAUUGAGCUACAACUUUUAGGCCAGCUGAGGGGAAGUAGACAUUUCAACCCUACUUCACUGUUGGUGUACUUGUAUUCAAGUCAGAGAGACAGUUGCUUGCUAGGGAAAGAAAUCAAAUUUAGCUGUAUUCCUUAAGUCAAAGUAGCUGUUUAAAAAACUUUUCCUUUUAAAGUUGCUGUAUGGGUAAAGUAUGUUCUUAAAGAAUGUAACAGCAGGCUUGAAGGACUGAGUAGCAGUAGCCUCUGCUGCUUAAGGUGAAGCCAAACAAGUGCCACUAGCUGGUAGUAUAACUCAAGUUUAAUGGCUAUGCCAAACUGCAAUCACAACUAAAAUUCCUUAAACUAAAUGCCUUUCCUAACAAAGAAAGAAACCAACAAUCAAAUUCCAGGAAUUGAUUUGACUUAAACUUGUGAAAAUUCUCUCUUCAUUUUACUAGUAGCAGGAAGAGUUUAGACAGACAGUCAUCUCCAAGAUCCAUGUGCAGUAGUUAAAGGCCAUGUUGGCUGAAUGUCCAAGAAAAGAAUGCCAGCCUUUUUAAAAUGUUGAGUUGCAAGAUGCUCUAGUUGUAAAUUUUAAUACACAAUUUGAGUUGUAAUUCUCCUCACAAUCUUGUCUGUUAAAGAUUGCUGUGUAAUGAGGCCAUACAAGUCACACUAAGCUACAGCAGUUUCAGGUUGCCAUAACCAAAAUCCAUUAGAGUGCAUGUGCAGAUAUAACAUGGUCAUAAAAGCUGGUUUAACUGCAUGCUGAAUUCUAAUCUAACUUCACCUCACCCAAGUAUAAGUUAUUGUACAUGGGGCAAAAACCAACAUAGCCCUAAUCACAGGAUGAGCUAUUGUUCCAGAAAAUUAGUUUAUGCAGUGAUUUCCACCCCCAGUUUCUGGCCACACUUGGGUACUACUUGUUCAAGAAAACAGAUUCAAACACCAGCACUUUUAAAAAUGCUUUAUUUGGAAAGUUGGCACCUCCAUUUUAUUCCUGUUGGAAGAAAGAGAAUGUCAACAAUUUUGUAAAACCAAAAGGUUAGAAAUCAAAAUAGCAUGACAAGCAAAAAAAAAACUUACUGAAGGAACUUCAAUCUUGCCCUGGUUGAUAUCCUCAAUCACACUGUGAGGGUGUUUGCCAUCAAUGUUGCAGCCAAUGGACUGUGCAGUUCCCAGAAUUUCCUUGACAGUUCCUGUGGGUUGAAAGCAAGAGUGGUAUUACCUAUUCCAUUAAUCUAUCAUUAAUGCUGAUACACUGGUAAAAAAGUCAAACAUAACUUGUUCUUAAGUUAAUUUUUCAGAUCAAAUGUCAUUAAAACCUUAAUUCAUUAGAAUGGUUGAAUAUUACAUUUGCUCCAACUCCCACAAACAUGAGGGGCACUCAGGCUUCACCAACUGGCACUUCCCAUACACCAAGGAACAGGUGCCAGUGACAUUUUCCAACUGUGUAACCUUCCCAUUUCCCCACAAAUCUCAUGGACUGUCCAACAGUGUUGGACAGGAGUUGGCAUAGCCUCAAACAACUGGCUGCCAUAUUAAACAUGCUGGGUGGUUUAGUUGGAAGUCCUUUGAAAACAUUACCAAUGAAAACCCCUUCACAUACUUAGCCUAAGUAUGGUCUCAAACUUGAUUAUACUAGUACAUGCACUACAUAAUACACUGUCAGUCAGUACCCACCUGAAAGUUCCCUGGCCAGAGAACGGUGCCUCAUUUGACGAGCAAUAGCAACUACUUCGUCAAAGGUAAUGCUGCCACUGUGUUUGACUAGAAAGGAGAAAACAUCACUCAUCAAUACAGAGUCCUGCUUACUGACAACAGACCAAGUGGACCACCAGCAGGAAAAUUCACUGUUGAAAGAACAGACCCAAUUUAGUUUCAGAUUUCAACUGCAGGGAUUUACAACUUAUGCCAUAGCAAGGGAGAAAGUAAUAAGCCAAAUGCUAGCCAUUCCUAUGAGAGCAAGAUCCCAAGUGUCCAGAAUUCCAGAUAAGGCAUUGGCAGGGCAACUGCCUGUUUAAGGGACAGGUAGAAAGCAAGUGAUCCUCUUGCAUGAUUAGAUACUUAAAACUGAAUGCAGGGACAGUGUUCACUGCUAAGCUUUUAUCAUAAAAAUGACACAAGUGUCAAAUGGAAGCACCAGACCCUCACCAAAAUCCUGCAAAGUGACUUACUGUUCUUUUGCUUCUUCCUAUCUCGGGGAGGCUCCUUCAGUGCUUUGAUGAUGAGGGCAGAAGCAGAUGGCACAACCUCAAUCUAAAAUGAAUAAAAAUACAGAUGUCAAUGCAAGAUGCAGCAAUAACAGCUUAAAACAAAACUGCAAGACUUUUACAUUCUCAGCCUCAGCAUUUCAUCCAUUUGCACUGUCACUUGCUGUUUGCUCAACUACAUCCCCAUGUUCAACACACAUUGUACAAGAGUUCAACGAUCAUUGCCCCCAGAUCCCAAGCAGGGAUAUUUAAACAUUUUCCACCUAGAACAUGCAGAAAACCAUUCUGACCAAUGCAAAAAGCAACAGUUAAAACCAGUCAAAUGCUCAGUAAGCACCACUUCUAGGUUGACCGUUGGAGUAGGGAUAGAUUCAGGUACAACACCUUUUCCACUCCCUCAAGCCACAUGCAUUGUCUGGCUUGCUCAACAGCUAAAAGUUGAAUCAGGAUAAAACAUCAAGCUGCAUAAUUUUCCCAGGUUAUUACAUGACAAAGCCUGAUGCACAAAACCUGCUCUACACAUAUUAGAAGGUCAAGGCAACAGCUGCCCUGACUGAGACUUACUUUGAAUUGUACAUGUUUAACUACACCAUACCAAUUACUGAAGCAUUGUCAUGGAACUGCAUAUUGUUGAUUGUAGGUUAAAAGAUGAAGGUCAAGUCCUACACUACUUGUUUUCUGGGCAUACCUCUUCCUAGAGGGGUGGUCAACCACUGGCAGAGAAAAUAGAAAGGGAUCCUACUCCCAAUUGGACAAAAGAACAAAAAAGCCUAAGUACUUCAGACAUUAACUCAACAUUGUACUAGUCACAACAUUAUCUUGUUAUACAUGUCCUAAGUUCUUGGAAGCCCCAAGAGGUGCUGUAAUUUUUUCAGCAGGCUAUGAUAAACAAAUCAAUUUACUUUUAUUA